AUGCUGCUGCUGCUGCUGCCGCUGCUGCUGCCGCUGCUGCUGCCGCUGCUGCUGCCGCUGCUGCUGCCGCUGCUGCUGCCGCUGCUGCUGCCGCUGCUGCUGCCGCUGCUGCUGCCGCUGCUGGGCGUAGCGAGCCUCAAGGAGACACUUGAGCUGCUGACUGGUGUGUUCGUGCGCCACCAGAAGCUGAUCUUCAAGGGCAAGGUGCUGGAGGACAAGGUUACCCUGGCAGCGGCCAAAGUCGGCGACGGCGCCAAGCUUAUGCUGUUGGUGUCGGCCAAUGCCGUGCAGGCGCCGCAAGGGACCAGGAACGCCGCGGUAGGGAGCAGACCUGCAGCGGCCCUACGCCAGCCGCUUGUUGCUGUAGCAAGCAGAGCGGCUGUGGGCAGCGAGGGAGUCGGCAGCAGCAAAGGCAGCGGCGUACGUCUAGGGAACUCAGCGACGUUGCCUGAUCGCCGCACGACAUGGGCCAAGAUGGGCGUGGUGGCCCUGCGUGACCUGGGGCUGGAUGCGGUGCCGCCGGAGUGCUUUGAAGGCUUGCCAGACUCUGUGCGUGGCGCCGACCUCAGCCAGAACCGCCUGUCUGUGGUGCCUGCGGGCAUCUCGCAGCUGGCGUCGCUGGCGUCCCUGCGUUUGUCGGGAAACAUGCUGCAGGAUGACGGGCUGCCCUGGGCCGCCCUGGCGCAGCUGCGGGGCCUCACGCUGCUGGCCAUGGACUGCAACGCCCUGUCACGCCUGCCGGCUGCACUGGGGGCCUGCAGCGGGCUCGUGCGGCUGAGCGUGAGCGGCAACCGCAUUGCCGAGGUGGAGGAGGGCGCUCUCGGCGGCUUGGUGGCACUGCGUGAGCUGGAUCUUUCUGAAAACGAGCUAGCCGCGCUGCCAGAGACGACUGGCUGCUGCACCGCCCUGCAGGACCUCAACGCCUGUGGAAACCGCCUCACAGCCAUGCCGCAUGCCGUAACCAGCCUGGAGAGGCUGCAGAGCCUGCGCUUGGACAACAACAGGAUAAAAGCGCUGCCACCGGGCCUGUUUGUGUCCUGCACUAGCUUGGCGGCGCUACUGCUGCGCAGUAACCCCAUAACAGUCGAGACGCUCCGUACUGCGCCAGGGUACGAGGGUUACGAGGCGCGGCGGCGCGCGCGGACCGACAAGCAGCUGGGCGGCCGUGUGAUGAGCGACAUGGAGCGCGCGUUUUGCGAGGGUGCAGACGUCGCACAAUGGGAGCACCACAA